AUGGGACGAGCAGCGGAUUCAUCGUCGGCUCCGAAAAGAAGGAAGGUCAAAAACAUUGUUGAAAAUUCGUUAGAAAUAUCCAACAUUGUUUUGACCACCUUGAACAAUGCGGCAAGCAUGGCACCCGUACCAUACCUUCAGCAAGCAGCGGGGCUGGCCUUAGGGAUUUUAAACAUCGUCCAGGGGGCAAAAGACAACAGGGACGCCUUCCACAAACUGGCUGCGGAUACUUGCGAGCUGGUGUACGUGGUGUUGUGCAUGUAUGAGGAAGCUACCAAGAAGGGAGAUGAUCGUGGCCCGUCGAGGAAGCUCGUAGACGACCUUCAGGGCCUUCUCGGUACAAUAUCGUCCAUUGAGCGUUUUUUGCGCAAAGAGGUCUCUAGGGGAGCAUUAUUUCGGCUGGUCAGGAGUAAGGCCGAUCUAGGAAAGAUUCAAGAGUAUCGGGAUACGCUGCGGCGAUCUCUGGAUCUGUUUGGGCUUCAGUCUAACGUCGCCAUCCGGGAGGCUACCUCUCAGCUUAUUAACCAGCACGAAAAGAUACUGCUGGAGCUUCAGCGCGACAGAGAGAAGAAGAAUUCCGAAGCGGCAGGCGUUUCCGUCCCUGCUCCCGCCGCGGUCGACCAAGAGAAUGUACCAGUCGCUCCAGCGGCACCCAUUCCGCCCAUCCGGAAAGACGAAUCGCCAAAGCCUUCCGUGACUGUGACCCACAUCGGAGGGGAUAAAGUCGAUUCCCACUCCCUCAGUAACGUCACUAACACGAACUCUGGAAAUGUAACAAUCACAACGACUACGGAUUCCAAUAACGACAAUUCCUACCGGCAAUAUGGAGGGAGGCCUGGGCGUGGACCUGUUCGAAGAGGCCCCAGAAAGUAA